AUGGAAGCAGCUUCAGCUUUUUCUGACAAAAUUAAGGUCGCCUAUGGAGGAACCGAAUUUGGGAUGAUAUCAUUCCCCGACGUAGAUGACCCAAACAAGUAUAACGACUUCGACUGCGGUACUCCUACUCUAGGGGUAGAGAUAAAGAUCGUCAACACUGAACAUGAGGGUACAAUCAUGCCAACUGGAGAACGUGGUCUUAUUUUGGUUAAGCACGUGGACAGUAGAGUCCAAUUACUCAAUGAACCUGAUGCCACAAAAGCACUCUAUACCUCAGAUGGCUUUUUUCGAACAGGUGACAUAGGGAAGCUCACCGCUGAUGGUCACCUCAUUGUGGAAGGUCGAGGCAGCGACGCCAUUUCUCGUGGCAUGUAUAUUUUCUACCCUGGGUGGCUAGAAACUCGAAUUCGUCGGUGUCCCGGAGUGGUGGACGUGGCGGUGGUAGGUGUGCCGGAUCCCGUGGUCGGCGAAGAGCUCUGCGCGUGCUUGUUGCUGGAGUCGGACGACAUCACCGUGCAGUCAGUACAAGAGUUUGUAGAGAAGGACAUCGUGACCUCCAUCGAUGACCCACUUUCAAAGAACAAGACCUCCAGGGAUAUUAGUUCGUGGUAUGUAUAA